AUGGGCCCCGAGCCUGCAGGGUCAGCCCCGGCAAAAGAAAACGGGGGGUGUCAUCAACAAGAGCUGGCCUCUCGGAUACAAUGGACCAGGAAGCAGCAGGACUCCAGGUGGGGGCUGGAAUCAGGAGCUGAGAGUCACAGUUGUCAGGCCCAGCCUGCGGUCUCCAGCCGUGUUCCGGGAAGUCUGAACACAGUUCAACACCCACUGUUGGUGAAGCUCCCCCAGGUUUUGUUCGUGAACAUUCCUUCCCUGGUGUCUGCUCAGAGGCUGGCUGUGCCCAGACCUCUCCCUCUCCCAGCGCCCCCGGGCUCUCACAGAAUUCGGCAGGUCACCCCAGCGGCCGUGUUUGUGGGCAGCCAUGUGGAUGUGUGUCCUCCUCUCCCCAGGUUCCUGGUGUUUCUCCGGUACCAGUGUCACUACGGGUACCCACUGCUGACCUACCUCGAGUACCCCAUCCUCAUCGCACAAGACGUCAUCCUUCUCCUGUGUGUCUUUCAUUUUAACGGAAACGUGAAGCAGGCCACUCCGUACAUCGCUGUAUUGGGGUCUUCUUGGUUUGUCCUCACCCUGCAGAAGUGGAUCAUAGACCUGGCCAUGAAUUUAUGUACGUUGAUCAGUGCGGCUAGCAAGUUUGCUCAGCUCCAGUGUCUGUGGAAGGCGGGAGACGCGGGAGCUGUGAGCGCGCUUACUUGGGGCCUCUCCUCGUACACCUGUGCAACAAGAAUAAUAACAACUUUAAUGACCACAAGUGAUUUUACAAUUCUUACACGUUUUGUCAUCAUGCUGGCUUUAAACAUAUGGGUAACAGCUACAGUACUUCGCUACCGGAAGACCGUUUUAAAGGCUGAAUGAUGGAUAAAUUAUUUCUACACGUGAAGUGGAUUUUGAAUAACUAAGUGAACCAAAGGAAAAGAGGCUCCUUGCUAAAUCAGUCUUUUAUACAUUUAAUCAAUCAUUUCAGAAUCUAUGAAGCCAAUGACUUUUUUAGACUUGAAAGAGCACUUAAAUAUUUGUUUGAAAAAUGCCAAUUUCCCUUCCCUCUCCCCACUUCAUUAGGUUAUGGUAGGACUCAGACAUCUGCAGUUUUGAGAAGGCUGGUGCCUGAUGGACAUCGUUCAAGGAAACUUCUUGACCCUUACUCUUGAAGUCAUGAUUAUUUUUGAAGAGCUAACUACAUGUUUUUCCGUUUUCAGGAUCUUUCAGAAAUAAAUCCUCCUCAUGACAAAAAUGAACAUGGAGUAGGAUUCUGCUCAGUCAGAAGUGGAACUGUAAUAAAUUACUAGGGUUCACUUUCUGGGAUGAAUGUUUAAUCGUAACAUAGAACAGGAUGGCCUUGUUGUAUAACAUAAUACUGUUUAGGUUCUAGCAAGGAUAUCAAGGCAGGCACAAAUGUAGUGGCUUGAGUUCGUAUAUCAAAAUCGUUGUUUAACCUCACAGUGUGCCUUAAGUAAUUCCUAACAAAAGCUACCAUUAGCUGCAAUCUCUCUUGUUCAUGAUGAGGAAACAGCAACAAGCUUUCUGAUUUAAGCACAAUACUGCCAUUUUCAAGAGCCACACCUAUACAAUUGCCAUUAUUGGAAUUUGGUACAAAACACCAGGUUUUGUCUAUUGAAAACAUAUGCAGUAAAGGGUAUUGCUAAAUUCUGCCAAAUUCUUAGAUUUUAUUGUCAUUAUACCUUCUCUUCCCAAACAUGAUGUUAAGAUUAUUGUAUACUGUAUUUUCCUCUAAAACUUAAUAACCCUAACAUUUAAAUCUUAACUUUCCUCUUCUAAUUGAAGGCAUUGUUCUGUUAUACGCAGUAAGUAAAUGAUGUUUAUUAGAGAAUUAGUUUAGUUUCCUAUAUAAAAUAAAUGUUCACAUUUUGAACAUUUAA